AACAUCACUUAAGUAUUCUUUCUAAAUAAUUAUUAAAUUGUAUUCAUAUUAAGUGUAUUAACAUUUAACAAUGAGAUAAUCUUAACAGAGAAUUAAGUCAUUUAAUUAUUAUUAUUUUGAACUUGUAUUUAAUAGGGGUUAUAAUUUCUCACUGAAUGCACUGAAUCGCUUCGACAAUUAGUAAUGUUCGAAUUGCCUGUCAAAAGGAUCUUUUAUCAAAUACAAUAAUUGUUUUUUUAUAUUAUCUUCAAAUAUGGAAUUACAAGAGCCUACCCCGGAAGCUUUACAAAGAAAAUUAUAUUUCUUAUUAGAACAGUUACAAGAUAUGGCCAGAGAACUGCCUCCGUGAGUUUCUCAAAACUUAAUAAAUAUCAAAUGCGGGUACCAAUUGAACUCUUAUCAGGAUUAGCUAACUGUCUACUAAAUGACACAAUUUUCGAAAUAGUCAAAGGCCUAAUGGAGAUUCAACAUGUCACAGAGAAACAUUUAUUCCAACAAAGACUGCAAGUUAUUAAUAAGCAUACAUUAGAAAUACAAAAAAUGAUAAAUAAUACAACUGAUCCACAACAGCAAGACUUACAAAAGGCCUUACUAUUAUCAAGGCAUAAAGAGGAGAUGAAACAAACUGAUAUGAAAUUAAUUAUGCAACUUGAUCAGAAGGUAAGUGAUCAGCAAGUAACACUAGAAAAAGCUGGUGUCCCUGGAUUUUUUGUAACAAACAAACCCAUAGAAAUUAAAGUGCAGAUGUAUUUACUCGAUUUUAUUUUAAGACUUAGUAAGAUGGAUGUGCCACACAGUGUUUGUUAAGUAGAAGUUUAUAUAUUCAAAUGUACAAACAAAGUAAAAGUUGUCUCUGAUGAAAACACUUGUUUAAUUAAAAGAUCUAACGCAAAUGCAUUUCGUUUUGAAAAGGACAGCCAUAGUAAUAAAGUUGAGGUAUUUCUGCUUGGUGUCUGUGGGCUUAGGUAGCUACUCGUAACAUCAAAUGAGUCGUAAUAAUAAUAAUAAAAAUACAAAGUGUAAGAAUUUGGACCUGUAAAUUACAAUUGUAAUUAGUGGAUGCAAGAUAGUAAAUUUGCGCUAUGCAGACGAUACGAUGCGUCUGGUGCUCGGCAUAAUAAUAUGGAAGAACUACUUGUCAAAAGUACGCAGUAAGCGCAUAAGUCAAGAGUUCGGAUUGAGACUUAAUCGCAGUAAGACCAAAAACUGGUGGUAGGACCUCUUGUGAGUCUGCACGGGUAGGUACCACCA